AGAAAACCCUUUUUUUAUAAAAUCUCAAUGUAUUCUCUUUCUCCCGCCGCCAUUACAUUGUGUGUGUUUCUUCUCUAAUAUCUGCUUCAGCCGCUGCCAAAUUUCUAGGGUUUUUUGAGAGGGUUUUUGAACUGCUCCAAAAUCUUCUGCCAACAUGGUUCUUCAGAAUGAUAUUGAUUUGCUAAAUCCACCAGCUGAGUUGGAGAAGACAAAGCACAAACUCAAGCGUCUUGUUCAGUCUCCAAACUCUUUUUUCAUGGAUGUUAAGUGCCAAGGUUGCUUCAAUAUAACCACUGUCUUUAGCCACUCUCAGACAGUCGUGGUAUGCGGCAACUGCCAGACUGUCUUGUGCCAGCCGACAGGCGGGCGGGCAAGGCUAACCGAGGGUUGCUCCUUUAGGAAGAAAGGAGACUAAAUGGUGUGUCAUCUUUUCUUUGUUCAUGAUUGGAGAGUUUCAGUUGUUAGGCUUAAGAUGGAAUCAGUUCCUUGUCUUGUUUUAAUUAUGAUAUAGUAAUUUUGUUAAAUUGUAAGACUUGUUCCCAAUGAUCUUAUCCGAGACUUAAUGAUACCACCUAAUCUUGCAUUUCUCAUUUUCUCUUCACUGCGGUGCAUAUGUUUAUGGGAGAUAUUUACUUCUAUAAUAUGUUGCU